AUGCAUCAUGCUGACGAUACAACAGCGCUCACUCCACCCACUGUCGCUUGGACAUCGACUGAUUAUGCCAUCCGCUCUCUCAUCUACGCCUCUAUCUCGAAGGAGAUACUCACCAUUGUCCUCAUGCCAGGUGCUACAGCGCACGCCAUUUGGACCGCAGAGGGCCUCUUCCAUGACAACAAGGCCUCACGCGACCUUGCAUUUGAGGACGACUUCCGCAACACGGUACCAGGUGAUUUGUCUGUGCUCACCUACUCCCAAUGCCUGAAGACCCUGACCAAUGAGCUCACCGACGUUGGGUAG